CCCAUUGCCCUGUGCCUAAACAUAUAGUUCAAGAUUUUAUCGUAUUAUUCCGCCGCGGGAGAACUGCACAACUCAAUGUCGUUUCGCAAACCAACUGAGGAAGAAAAACAUAAAUUUAUGGGUCGAGCAAUAGCACUCAGCGAUGAAGGACCCUCAAAGGGACACGGCGGCCCUUUUGGAGCGGUUAUUGUGAAAGAUGGCCAAAUUAUUGGAGAAGGAUUUAACAGGGAGGUAAUUGAUUGUGAUCCUACAGCACACGGAGAAAUGACAGCCAUUCGACAAGCUUGUAAGAAUAUUAAAUCAACUGAUCUCAGUGGUUGUGAGAUAUACACAAGCUGGGAACCCUGUGCAAUGUGCUCAUCAGCCAUCUGGCUUUGUAGGUUGGACCGUCUGUACUAUGGGAAUCGAUAUGAGGACACUGAGAGUCUUAUAAAUGUAACACCACUAUUCCAAUAUGUUGCCACUCCUACUGAUCAGCGCUCUACACCUGCAGAGCAAGUCAGGGGCAAGGAGGCAUGUGACAUCGUUAAAAAACAUCAACAUUUUAUUUCUUAAUAACCAUUCCCAGAAGCAUGCCCCAUGGUGCAUUUUCAAUCAAUACGCAGAGACUUCAUCAUCCAUUUUGUUUUUCUAAGUUGAAUUCAAAUGAUUGAAAGUUAUAUGUUUGGACCUCUGAUCAAUACACUUUACCAGCUCAUUGGGCACAAGGCAUGUAAAAACCUGAGGGAAAAACCUGUUACAGUGACAGUUGUUUGAGAAACCCAUACUGGCUGCAAAAGAGAUUGGUAUUUUUUUGGGAGUUAAACUCGACUUUUGUCAUACCACUCAGAAACUCAUCCACAGAGUAUGAAACAGGCUCUGAAGGGGACAUGGAAUAGACCAUGUACUCCAAAACUUUUUCAUGUGGCCUUUUCUUACUUCAAGGUUUGACCAUGUGUACUAUGGAAAUUGUCUGGAAGACACCAAGAGUGACAUGGACUUAGAACCACUUUUUCAAUUUGUUGCUGCACCCAUUG